AUGGCGCCCUACGUGGAGGAACCCGCGGAGGAGUCUCUAGCAGUCUCAUCCAAGGUGGCUCCGAACCUUGUUGCGCCUGAACCAGAGCACUGCCCCGGCCCCGAAUCCGAGAGAGCCGGUCAGGGAGAUGCCUGCGCCGGCUGCCCAAACCAACAGAUCUGCGCCACCGCACCCAAAGGCCCCGAUCCCGACAUCUCGAUCAUCACUGAACGACUGUCUCAAAUAAGACAUAAAAUCCUAGUCUUGUCUGGAAAGGGAGGAGUCGGCAAAUCUACAUUUUCAACCCUUCUCGCGCACGCGUUCGCCUCGAACCCAGACUCAACGGUCGGCAUCAUGGACACCGAUAUCUGCGGACCGUCAAUCCCCAAGAUGAUGGGAGUGGAGUCCGAGACCAUUCAUAUUAGCAAUGCAGGCUGGAGUCCCGUCUGGGUGACGGAUAAUCUAGGCGCGAUGAGCGUGCAGUUCAUGCUUCCCAACCGGGACGAUGCGGUGAUCUGGCGCGGGCCCAAGAAGAACGGGUUGAUCAAGCAAUUCCUCAAGGAUGUGGAUUGGGGCGAGCUUGAUUACUUGAUUGUCGACACUCCCCCUGGAACCUCCGACGAACACCUGUCUGUCAACUCUUUGCUGAAGGAGUCUGGUGUUGACGGCGCUGUUGUUGUGACUACCCCGCAGGAGGUGUCGCUACUGGAUGUGCGCAAAGAAGUUGACUUCUGUCGCAAGGCGGGCAUCAAGGUGCUGGGACUAGUCGAGAACAUGUCCGGUUUUGUGUGUCCCAACUGCACGCAUGAGUCUCAGAUCUUCCGCGCGACGACUGGCGGUGGUCGCCGGCUGGCGAAGAAAAUGGACAUUCCCUUCCUAGGUGCUGUACCUCUGGAUCCCCGGGUUGGUAUGGCGUGCGACUUCGGUGAGAGUUUUGUGGAAAAUUACCCGGACAGUCCUGCAUCCAAGGCAAUCAGGCGUGUCGUGCGUUUGGUGGGACAGGCGGUUGGGGAGAAUCCAGAUGAUGUUCUUCCAGAGGAUACGAUUGCUUAA